AUGAGCGAGGAAGUGUCAGAGGUCCCUAAAGAGCUUCUGGAGAGCGUGAGGGAUGCGUUGGGGAGGAAGGUGAAGCUGUCACUGAGAAAGAGAGUGAAACUGGAGAUCAAAGGAGACAAGACGGAGAACAGAGUCUUGGCACUUGCAUCUCACCGAGCUUACCUCUUGACUGCACGUAUUCCCACUAAGGUGGAACACUCCUUUAAUUAUCUGGAGAUCCAGGGGAUUGCUUGUAACAAGCCAACACAGCUGUUCAUAGAGUAUGAACGUGGCUCCUUCUCUCUGAAGCUGCUCUCCACAGAGGAGGUCAAUGACGUGGUCGCUCACAUAGGAAACUGUCUGCUAAGGAUAUGUCCUGGUUUACUGCCCAGUAAAGUGAUGAAGAAACUCAGCAUGGAGCCUCCUGACAGACUGACCUCUCUGCAGACGCUGUGGGAGAACAACAAAACUGCUGAGCCUGGACCCUGUGGUGGGUUUUCUCAGAUGUACAGAUGUGUUUGUGACUGGUUAGGCCUGCCUUACAGAGAAGAGGUUCAGUGGGAUGUGGACACCAUCUAUUUGACACAAGACACCAGAGAACUCAACCUGCAGGACUUCAGCCAUCUGGAGAACAGGGAUUUGGUGGCCAUUAUAGCAGUACUGGAGUUUAACCAGUGGUUCACCAAGCUCUCCACCAAGGAUUACAAACUGUCUGCAGAUGUGUGCGAGCAGAUCCUUCGGGUGGUAUCGAGGUCUAGUCGACUGGAAGAGUUGGUUCUGGACAACGCAGGACUCAAAACUGAUUUUGCUCAGAAGCUAGCUGCUGCCCUGGCCCACAACCCCAGCUCAGGACUCACCACCAUCAAUCUUGCCAACAACCCACUGGAGGACAGAGGUAUCUCCUCCCUUGGGGCUCAGUUUGCCAAAGUUCGAAUGGGGCUCAAGCAUUUAAACUUCUCCAAAACCUCACUAUCACCCAAAGGGGUGAACAGCCUUUGCCAGUCACUGAGUGCCAACCCGUCCAUCCCAAGCAGCCUGGUCCAUCUGGACCUCUCAGGAAAUAUCCUCCGAGGAGACGACAUGCAGCAUUUCUACCAUUUUCUGGGUCAACCCAACAGCCUGGCAACCCUUGACCUCUCUAACACCGAUUGCUCAUUGGACCAGGUUUGCUCCGCUCUGUUGCGAGGCUCAGUGCAACACCUCUCUGUUCUCAACGUGUCAAAGAGUGUCUUCCCUCACAGGAAAGGCAAAGAGGUGCCUCCAUCAUUCAAGCACUUCUUCAGCAGCGCCAUGUCUCUCACCUCCAUCAAUGUGUCAGGAACGAAGUUGCCUCCAGAGGCUCUCAAAGCUCUACUGCUUGGCCUGGCCAGUAACCCCAGUCUGAAGGAUGUGUCUGUAGACCUCAGCUGCUGUGAGUUGCGAUCUGGAGGUUCCCAGAUCCUUGAAGGCUGCAUUGCAGAGAUACCAAACAUUUCCAGCUUAGAUAUCUCUGACAACGGCCUGGACUCAGACCUGUCCACUCUGCUGGUAUGGUUGGCCAAAAAUCGGUCCAUCAGACACCUGUCUCUGGGCAAGAACUUCAACAAUAUCAAGUCCAAAAACCUCGCUCCAGUGUUAGACAGCCUGGUUCAUAUGAUUCAAGAGGAGGAGUCGCCCCUCACUUCUCUGUCGCUAGCGGACUCCAGACUUAAGAGUGAUCUGACCAUCGUUCUGAACGCUCUCGGCAGCAACUCUUCGCUCACCAGACUCGACAUCAGUGGUAACGCAAUGGGGGACAUGGGAGCAAAGAUGCUGGCCAAGGCACUGCAGAUCAACUCCAAACUCAGGACUGUGAUCUGGGAUAGGAACAACACCAGUCCUCAGGGUCUACAGGAUGUAGCAGCCGCACUAGAGAAGAACUUCACCAUUCGUUUCAUGCCCAUCCCCAUCAUUGAUGCCUCCCAGGCUCUGAAGGCCAGCCCUGAGAAAACAGAAGACGCCUUGCUUAAGAUUGAAAAUUAUCUGUACAGGAACCACGAAACCAGGAAAUACCUACAGGAACAGGCCUAUCGGCUUCAACAGGGCAUAGUAACCACAACUACACAACAAAUGAUUGACAGGAUUUGUGUGAAGGUGCAGGACCACCUGAACUCUCUGAGGAACUCGGAGACAGAUGUCAUCCUGGACGACGUCAGGUCUGCAGAAAGCCUCAUCAAAGAUGCGAGGAACUCUAAAACGCUGCUCCCUAACCUCUACCACUUAGGAUCUGCUUCCAGAGAGGAGGUGAACAGCUCCUCAGUGGGACCAAUUCAGGAGAAACUGGAGUCUAUGGCUGGGGAGGUGACAACUGUCAUGGACCAACAACUGCAGACACUGUUGGAGUCCAUGAUGGAUGCAGCAGCGUCUCUGUGUCCCCAUGUGAUGAAGAGGAGUAAUCUACGCUCAGAUCUAAUGAAGGCCAGCUCAGCCAAGAUGGUCGUACCCAAGAGCUUUGUCACCAAAACCCUUUUGGAGCAGUCUGGCGUUGAUAUUAUCAACAAGAUCAGUGAGGUGAAGCUGAGUUUAGCGUCCUUCCUGUCUGAUCGCAUUGUUGAUGAGAUUUUGGAAGCUCUUUCCACUUCACAACACAUGCUGGCGGACCACCUCGUGCGGCGAGGUCGCCCUUUGGUGCAGCAGGAGUCGGUGGAUCUGGACGUUCCAGAGGAGAAGAUUCCUAAACGGGCAUCGACUGAGAUCCUGGAGGCUGAGAGGCUGGACGAUCUGGAGACAUGCAUGAUGACUCCUAAAUCAAAGAGGAAAAGCAUCCACAGCAGAAUGCUGCGGCCAGUGUCUCGUGCCUUUGAAAUGGAGUUUGACCUGGACAAGGCCUUGGAGAACGUGCCUGUUCAUGUGGAUGACACACCAACCUCAUCUCAAACUCCACCUACUCCAUCUCAGGCUGUGCCAAAAUUGGAGAAACGCCUGCAAGGAGGGAUGUCAGAGCUGCCAUCUGAGGAGGAAAAAAAACUGCAGCACUUCACCAAAUUAAGACCUCGGAGGAACAAGAAAAAACAGUCUAGCAAAGUACCUGUAAGCAAAGCCAGUGCUCCAUCUCAGGAUGGGGAGCAGAACGGGCUCAUGGGAAGGGUCGAUGAAGGCGUUGAUGAAUUCUUCUCCAAAAAAGUCACCAAGAUGGAUUCCAAACGUUCACUAAAGAAUUCAGAAUCCCAGGAUGGAGAGAAGAAGAAGAGUAAAGGAGGAUUCCUCAACCUGAUCAAACGUUCUUCCAAAUCUGAAGCGCCACCUUCCACUAUCCCUGAGGAGCCCUCCUCACCAAAAGUGGCAGUAAAAAGCCCAGCACCUGAGCAGAAGUCCAGUCGCUCACAGCCGGCAGACUACAGCAGCAGCUCAGAUCGGUCGGAGGAGGUGAGGACGCCGGACUCCAUAGAUGAGCCAUGGGAGACUUCAGAUGGCAGAGGCAGUCCCCAGGGGGGCAGGCGAUACCCGGGUGUGCAGAUGAUGGGCAGUGGCCUCUUGGCAGAGAUGAAGGCCAAGCAGGAGAGGAGAGCAUAUAAGUCUUCCAGCCCUGACAGACCUGACAGUAAUGCAGCAGGUUCUCCAGAGAAAACCACAACUCGUGGUGAGACCAAGCCUGAACCGGCUCCUCGUAUCAGGGCCACUUCUUCCUCAAAUUCCCCAGGGGGACCAGUAAGUCCCAAACCACCAGUGCCACAAGGAGCGAAGCCUGCCCUGGGGGCCAGGCCAACCCUCCCACAGAAGCCAAGGACCCCCAGUAGCAGUAAGAGCAUAGAUGAGAGUUCAGACACCCCUAGCAGUGGCAGUGUGUCACCUAAGGUCACAGUUCUCCCUCUCACGCUGAAGAGGGGGCUAACAGAAAAGGACAAGGAGGGCCAGACCAGCUCUGCCAACAAAACCACUCAGGAAGUGAGGGCAGUGUCUGUGUCAGACUCUGUUCAGCGACCAAGCCCUCUCCGCACCAACUCUGAGGAUCACGGCCCCUUCAAGACCAAGGACCAAUCUCCAAACCCAGACAAGGACAAAGCAGCGCGCAAGAAAUCCACAGACUCUGUGGAGGAAGCAGACAAAGACUUUAUUUUAAUAUGAGUAAGACACUGCAAAAGUCAGCACAGCACCUGU